UGCUUCGAGGCAUCUGUGUAAUCUGCUCAAGGAAACCUACACUCGUUUCACAGAGAAGACCAGCAAAUAUGAACAGGAAAAGGAAGCAACAAUACAAUUGUAUGAGGAACUUCACAGCAACGUAGAAAGAAUGACAGUGGCAUUUGAAGAGCUUCGUGUGCAAGCAGAGAACGACAGACUGGAAAUGAGUUUCAAAUUAAAAGAAGAAGCAGAAAAAGUGGACAAGUUUGAGAAAGAAUGCAGACUGGAAGUCAGCCAAAAGGAAAAGCAGAUUUCAGCUCUUACCAUACAGAGAGAUGAAAAAGAUGAUGUCAUAAAAGACAUCAAGGCUCAGCUGCAGAUGUCACAAAAUAAGAUUGCUGACUUAAUGGAAGCAAAAUUACAUAAUGAAGAAAUGUUAAAGGAAUCCCAGGGCAGUAAAGAACAUUUGAGGAAAUGA